AAAUCAUUAAGUGUGCGCCUAAACGAUGUCGUGUCGAUAUAGAAGCCUCAUGUCAAUAUUCUCCGGGAUUGAGAACUCUGUAUAAAAGUAUCGCCCGCAAUCAUACCUGGAUCAGUUGGGUCUAAAUUCGGGCCGAGAUCGAAACGCCAGCAUGCAGUGUGUUCUACCAGUUAUCCUUUGCCUUUGGGUCCUCAAUCCUGUCGAGAUCGAAGCGCGUCAGGUCAGGAUCAACCGUUAUGCGGUUAGUGUGCAGGAGGAUCAGCCGUCUGAGGCUAAGGAUGCUCCCUAUCCGGCGGCGGGCUAUAGACCACAAGGUCGCUCCUUCUGGCUGCCAGGCGAAGCGGAAGUAGAGGUUACAGAAGGGCAAGGGGUUGUGGAAGUGGAGGUUCAGGAAGGCUCAGGUUUGGGCGCGGAUCAGCAGACAACCACAACCGAGCUGCCUCUCGAGGAUUUGUUAAACAGUACCACAGAUUCAACCGGAGAUUGGAGCACGACCACCAAUGGGGAUUUCGUGGACACUACCACAGCUCCCCCAGCUGCGGAAUCGCGUUCCAGUCGAGCAUUUAUGAAUGCCCCUUAUCCACCAGCUGGUUACCGACCAAGUCGCGCCUUCCGCCUGCCCACAGAGCAGAAUGCCGAGGAGGAGCAGCAGCCCUUCUCCAGCAACUCCACCGACAGCAACGCCGAUCACCCGAUCUGCGGUGUCAGCACUAAUCCCCUGAAACCCACUCCGGAGCCAGGAUCCAAGAAUGAGCCCGACUCGGAGAGUGUGGUCUUUACUGCCAAUGUGGGACCCGCUGUGGUGGUGGCUAGAGCACCCUCCUCCAUCCCGGUGGCUAUUCCCUUGCGAUCGCAGCCUCUGAUCCGGGCUCCCAGAUCGCGGGGAUUUGUCUACACUACGCGUGUGGAGCAGCGGUGAUGAUGGGAAGGGAAGUAAUCAUAAUCAUUGUUAACAGCUCAGUAUUUAAAGUUACUUUUGUGUAUGAAGAAAUAAAUAUUUUUUUUUGUUAUUUACCUUUAA